AUGCCGCCCAAAAUUCAAGACCAUGUUUCAUCGCUGGCGUUUGCACAUGCUUUGCGUAGCCGUGCAUUAAGAUCUAUUAACGAGAUGAACGCUGUAGCUUUAGAAGCUCGGUCCGAUAAUACAAAACUAUCGUCUCUAACUACGCGAAUUGCGAAAUUAGACUAUUUUGUCACCCAAUUUCGCACCGAACACGCUUCUGUUUUCCAAGCUCUAGUCGCACUCGAUCGUUUGGUUGAACUUGAAACUGUUGAUGAUCCUAUUGUUACAUCAAUGAAGACCAUGUGUUAUGAAAUCGAACUCAUAUCGUCUGAGUGUGCUCCUAAUGACAAGGCAACUACGUCGUCCACUAUUACCAUUGCUCAAACUUCCGUGUCAUUACCGAGAUUCGAUGGUUCCGGUUCUGCAUUAGGUCUCAUACGAUCCAUACCGUUGUCGGCGGAUAAUUAUAAAAUAGCGUGGGAAAUUUUAUCGAAUCGUUUCGAUAACAAACACAUAUUAGCUUCAGCUCACCUAGAUAAACUCUUCGAGUUCAAAUCAAUGAAUCAAGAAUCUGUAGCUUCAUUAAUGGCAUUCAUAAAUACAUUUCAAGAAAAUGUCUCCGUAAUAAGAUCCCUCGGUGUCGAAGAUUUGGCCAAUUUUUUGUUAUUCCAUAUGGGAUCUCGUGUCCUUCAUCCCACCACAUUACAAUUAUUUGAAUCAAGUAUUUCGCGAUCGACGAUCCCCGAUUUCGAUGAAUUAAUGAAGUUUGUCCAACGCCGUUGCCAAAUUUUAGAAGGUCUUAAAACUACUGUCAAAAUUGAUCGUCCAGAAAAAUGCCACGAAAAGACUCUUCUUCGCGGAAAACAUACCGUCCCAACGAAAUCUAUAUUCAUAACCACUACUUCCGUUUCGUUAAAAUCUACUUCACGGAAUUGUCUAAUGUGUAAUAAAGUUGGUCAUGUAUUACAACAAUGUCCGACAUUCAAACAACUAACGGUCGACAAGCGCCGAGAAUACGUGACAUCACGUAAAUUGUGCUUCGGAUGUAUGCAUUCAUCUCAUUUAGUAGAUUUAUGUUCAUCAAAGAGGGGCUGUGCGUCAUGCGGCAGCCGACGUCAUAAUUCGUUGCUACAUCGAAAUCAAGAAAAAUCAACGACUCCGGACAGUAUUACAUUGUGUGCCAGUUCGGACGCGCAACCGUCGUCGAGUGUCACCACGUCGUUUGCUGGUACCGCCCGAACCCAUUCUACUGUCGUAUUAGGUACAGCAGUCAUACUCGUUAAGGACGCGUGGGGACGUCUGCACGCGGUUCGCGCACUGUUAGACAGCGGGUCACAGAUCUCCGCCAUAACCAGUGAUUGUUUAGCUCGUCUUGGCUUACCUAAACGUAAUUUUUCUACGCAUAUUGUAGGUCUCGCGCAACAUCCAGUCUCUCACGUUCAAGGCAUCACUAAUUGUCAGUUUUCGUCACAUUUUGACCCAGAACAUGUUUUUACCGCUGUUGAUUUAGUUGUCUUAAAGCAAAUUACUGCCGCAAUGCCCGCGUCCAAAUUGCCUGUAUGUAUCCGUGAAAAAUAUCGACAUCUUUUACUCGCAGACAGAAAAUUUGACGUUCCGGCGUGA